CAAUUAUUCAUCUUUCUCAUUUGCUUUUUACAUCUGAAACCCCCAAUCAGAGUCCUUCUGAAAUCGCUUUCCAGAAAUUCUUCUGGAUAAUUUUCUUGUUAAUAUUUUCAGGUUAUAUAUAUAGAGGGCUAGGUGUUUCGUUUUAUUUAGUUUAAGCAAAAAUGGAACGAGUACCUUCAUCUGUUGUAAACGAAGAAGAUGAUCUUAUGGACUUGCCUCCGGGUUUCAGAUUCCAUCCUACGGAUGAGGAGAUUAUUGUUCAUUAUCUUAUCAAGAAGGUUAUGGACAGGCGAUUUGCAGCAAGAGCUAUUGGAGAAGCUGAUCUGAAUAAGUGUGAACCCUGGGAUUUACCGAAGAAGGCAAAGAUGGGGGAAAAAGAAUGGUUCUUUUUUUGCCAGAGGGAUAGAAAAUAUCCAACAGGAAUGCGAACGAAUCGAGCAACAGAAUCUGGAUACUGGAAGGCAACUGGAAAGGAUAAGGAAAUAUACUACAAGCAGGGAAGGAACUGUCUCGUUGGGAUGAAAAAGACCCUUGUUUUCUAUAAAGGGAGAGCUCCUAAAGGAGAGAAAUCCAAUUGGGUUAUGCAUGAAUAUCGACUUGAAGGCAAUUUCUCUUACGACUUUUCUAGAGCUGCAAAGGAGGAAUGGGUUAUUUGUAGAAUUUACCACAAGAGCACAGGAGUGAGGAGAGUUCCAUCUGGUGCAGAACUAUCAAGAAUGGACUCUUUUAAUGUGGAUCAUCUCCUGGAUAGCCCUACACUCCCACCUUUAACAGAUAUUACAUCUAAUCCCAAUGAUAGACCUAGCUCAAGUUUUACAACUGAUCAGGAACCCGAUUUUGAAGGGAAAAUUUCAUCAUCAAGAUCAAUACAAAUGAAACAUGAUCAGAAAUCCUUCCUUUUGCCUUCACAAAACUUGAAUAGUUUCAGCACUACUAAUUUUCCUGAUCCAAUUCCCUAUUCCCACAUUAGUGUUCCUGCUAACUCAAUGUUUUCCUACCAAGAUGGAAUUGGCUCGACGUCUCGCUACCCCUCAAUCUUUCCCUUCAAAGGUUCUGAACAGGCCAACUUAAAUCUUUUGAUGCCACCAGAUCAAAGGAUAUUGGAACUCGAUAAGGAGUGCAAACCGGAACAUUUUUCGGCAAACAAUUCUUUGAUCAGUCAUUCCCGAGAUACUGGAUUGAGUACUGAUAUUGCUACUGAGGGAGAUAUUGAAAGCAAGAAGCCAUUUGAAGACCUUGAUGCUCUUUCAUUCAGUCCUGAUAUUUCAGAUUUUGAUUCAUUGUGGAGCUACUGAAUUAAGUAUAUGCAGUCUGAUUAUUUAUAGUCAAAAUUAGUGCAAUUUAAUCCUCUUCUUCCAAUUCAGUAUUUAGUCCAUGGAAGAAGAGGUUCAUCAUGGUUCAAAAUUCUUUGUACCUAGUAAUUUAUCAUUUUAGGGCAUUCCGUGUACAUUUUCAACUGUAGUUGCUAGGAAAUCUCCUGAUUGCUAACAUUGUGGCUUGUAUACAUCGUAAUUGCAAUAAUUUUUAGUGGUUUAUUAGUUGUUUAGAAUUUAAUGUUAUUCUUAGAUGAACCGAUUGAUGGAAUUUUUA